AUGGUUUCCCCGGAAAAUACGAAUUGGUUGUAUGAUUAUGUGGUCGAGGAUGUGGCCGUUCCUGAAGGGAAUUUCUCCGCUCCAGCUUCUGGAUUUUCAUGGCCUGUGCAACCCUUGAAUGGUUCAUCCAUUGUCAGCGUGGAAAAUGAUUGCUCAUUUGAGGAUUCAGAUGCCCAGAAGGAACCUAGCUCAAAGAAGCGAGCUAGAACUGCAUCUUGUGCUCCAUCGAGUUCCAAAGCAAAAAGGGAGAAACAACGAAGAGACAAGUUGAAUGACAAGUUUAUGGAAUUGAGUGCUCUCUUGGAGCCUGGAAGGCCUCCCAAAACCGACAAGGCUGCUAUUUUGCUUGAUGCUGCUCGUUUGGUGACUCUGCUACGAGGUCAAGCCCAGAAACUGAAGGACUCAAAUACAGAUCUACAGGAAAAGAUUAAAGAGCUGAAGGCUGAGAAGAAUGAGCUCCGCGAUGAGAAGCAAAGGUUGAAGGCUGAGAAGGAAAAGCUAGAGCAACAACUAACGAUAACAAAUGCGCAACCUGGCUUUCUCCCUGCUCCUGCCAUGCCUGCUGCAUUUGCUGCCCAAGGUCAAGCUGCAGCAAACAAAUUUGUACCCGUCAUCAGUUAUCCUGGAGUCGCCAUGUGGCAGUUCAUGCCUCCUGCUGCUGUCGAUACCUCACAGGAUCAUGUGCUUCGCCCACCAGUUGCAUAA